AUGACGAAUGCCUUUCCUUCAGUUUAUGUAUUUGUGCCACAAUACUUUGCGUUUGAUUUAAAUGCAACAAAAAUAAAGGAAAUUUAUGUAAACAGUAACAGUUUUGUAGAAGCUGUUGGUAACGAUAAGUAUUUCAUGUUGCCUCCCACAUUGAAAGCAUGCGAUUUUUCAAAUAAUAAACUGUCGAAGUUCUAUUUUGGAAUGCCUAACUUGUCGAUAUUGGACUUAAGGAAUAACACAUUAGGUGCAUACCUUUCAACGGAAAGAUAUACUAACUCCAGUAAGACCGAACUCAAAGAAGUUGAUUUAUCCCUCAAUCUUAUUCAGGAUUUAUCUUUUGCCAUAUUUCACGGACAUGUUCAUGCAGUAAAAAUAGAUUUGAGCCAAAACAGGUUAACGGAUGUUACUUUCGAUCUUUCUCAUCUCGUUAGUUUAAAAAAAUUGGAUUUAUCAUAUAACAACAUCAGUGGAAUAUCUUCACAAACAUCUAUGAAGACUUUACACAAACUCUCCAAAACAUCCAAGUUGAGAAUAGAUCUAUCAAAUAAUUUAUUGAAAUGUAGCUGUCAAAACCUGAAAUUCUUACAAUGGAUGGACGCAAAUUUAGAUUUGUUUUUACACACGGAUAGAUACACGUGCCUGUUUGAUAACAAUAAUGUAGUUCAAUUGACAAAUGUAAAUGCAAUUGUAAAACAACUUGAAAAGGAAUGCAGCUCGUAUACCACGUUAAUCAUUUGUAUAGCUGUGGGGAUAAUUAUAGCUUGUCUUUUUCUUUCUGCUGGAUUGCUGUACAGGUUUCGAUGGAGGCUACGCUAUCUGUAUUAUAUGACAAGACAUAAGUACAAGGUAUUCCAAAAUAUUCAAUCUAGUACUAAUUACAAAUACGAUGCGUUCAUAUCAUAUGCAAAUGACGAAACAGACUUCGUAGUGAAUGAAGUUAUACCACACUUGGAACGUGAAGAAAGCAUGAAACUCUGUGUACAUCAGCGGGACUUCGUUCCAGGAGAAGAAAUUACACAAAAUAUUACCAACGGAAUUCACCAAAGUAGGUUCACUAUAUGCAUUGUAACGAAAUCAUUUCUUGAUUCUUAUUAUUGCAUGUUUGAAUUUAACAUGGCAAGAAUGGAGAGUAUAUAUUCCAGGGAUGGUCAAAACAUUCUGUUUCUGGUAUUCUAUGAACAACUGCGUCCGAAAGAUCUACCGUUAGUCAUUCUGGAGUUAGUUCAGAAGCAAUCGUACAUCGAGUACCCAAAUGAUGAACAAGGGAAUGUUGUCUUUUGGAAGAAAAUAGCGGAAUCUUUAGGAUCAUCGGAAUAAUCAAGAAAGAUUACUUAAGCUUGACAUUUCAACUUUGUUUGAAAUUUAAUUGUGUGUGGUAUGUGUACUUUCUGUUCUAUUACACCACAAUGCAUCUAAACAAAAACAAUGUAGUAGGUUGAUUUAAGUUCUUAAGCAUUGCCUGAAUAUAUAACACCAUUGAAUUAUUCAUUACUUGUAUGAUAGUUUUUUGUCUUACAUUAUUUAUUGUGUACAUUUUCAUAUUUUAAAAAUCUUUUCUUUUUUAUCCGAACUACAUAAAACAGGUGAAGGUAAAAAAAUUUUGGUUUAAAGGGAGGCAACAACUACAAUGGUACAACAGACACGCUAUAUUAGUUUUGCAAAAAUCAUUACCCUUAAUAUGUAGUAUAUUCUAAACCAAUAUCCCGCAAUGACCGGAUACAAAGGACAAUUGAAAUAGAUGUGUAUGAAUAAUUCAGAGUACAUAGACAUCAUAGUUAU